CACAUGGAUGCCAUCUCUUCAAACCAAUGACUGUAUGCAAGUCUCUUGAACAAGCUGUCUAUCAAGCCGGAUAUCCAGCACAGAAGACUCUACUCAUUGAAAUGAAGAUAAAACACAUUUCAGCUUAUUUUUUGUUAGUUUGCGUUCAGCAAUGCCUCACAAAUGAGACAAUCAGUUGGGUGCAGCAUGAUAGGGAUAGGACUACCAAUAGCAUAAUUAGAAAAGCCAGAAGUGAGAACCGACCAGCACCGAUUGACUGCAGGUUAAGUGAAUGGUCAUCUUGGACCUCCUGCGGUGGAUGUAAAAAGAAAACGUUCCGAUUCCGGGCUCUGGAGCAGCCAUCCCAGUUUGGUGGGGCAGAGUGCCUGGACAGCCAGUGGGAUGAGAAGGACUGUCCACCACCAGCUGUAGCAUGCCCACAAGUCAACCAGUGUGGAGAGGCGUUUUCCUGCAAUGAGAGAGGGCGGUGUAUAAGCCAGCAUCUAAGGUGUAAUGGAGAGAACGACUGCCAGGAUGGAGCAGACGAGCACGGGUGUGAGGAGGUAGAUGUGAGGGAUGACAAGUGUGCUGGCCUGGAGCCCAUCCCAGGAUCUCAACGAGCUGCACAAGGCUACAAUGCGUUAACUGGUGAGUUUGCCCUGCCUGUCUUGGACCCUGCAUACUAUGGUGGGACUUGUGAAUAUGUCUACAACGGAGAGUGGCGACAACUCACAUACGAUGCCUUUUGUGAGAAUCUUUACUAUAAUGAUGACGAGAAAUACUACAGGAGACCAUACAACUUCCUUUCAUACCGUUUCUUGGCCCAAGCCAGAACACAAGGCUCCUCGGAGUACUAUGAGGAUGUCACAAGCUUUCUGAAAAAUGAAGAAAGAUUAAAAAGUCAUAAAUGGGGGUUCUCUCUAGGGAUUGAAAAGUUAUUGAAUUUCAGUGCUUCAGGAAGCAAGGAGUCACAGUUCUUCAUUGGCAUAUCACAGUAUGCAAGUCAGGAGGUGGGCGUGGCGAGGUUUGUGUCCAGCGUGCAGACGGCCCAGUUUAAGAUGAGGAGCAGGGACUUGGUGUUGGAUGAGGAGAUGCUGCAGUCCCUCAUGGACCUGCCUGAGGAGUACGACUUCGGCUCCUAUUCACACUUCCUCAACAAGUACGGCACCCACCAUGUCACGCACGGCUCCAUGGGAGGAACAGUGGAGCACGUGGCCAUUGUGGACAAGGAGGCCAUGAGGAGAGCUGAUGUGUCGAGUGAAAUGGUCACAAAAUGCCUUGGAGUGGCCUUGGCCCUGUCCUACAGUGGAGGUGAUGGUGAUGGUGAUGGUGAUGGUGAUGGUGAUGGCGGUGAUGGUGGUGAUGGUGGUGACGGGGAUGGUGGUUUAAAAAUCGAGCUGGAUGUGGAAUUUAGUGGCUGUGUCAAGAAGGCCAGCGUGCGAUCUGGAAGUGGUGCACACAGAAGCAUAAUCAAAGACACAUUCAUACAGGCCAAAGGAGGGUCUCUUCCUGGCAUGAAAGCCGUCAAGAAGGCAGUUGAUGCAGACGCUUUCAGAACAUGGGGCAAAUCACUGAAGUACAGCCCCGAUCUCAUUGACUUUGAGACCAUCCCGGUGUAUGAGAUGGUGCGCUUCAGCACUUCAGCAGAGCAGGCCCGCACGAGGCUCCCGCUCCUCAAGAGGGCCUGGGAGGAGUACAUGCAGCAGUUCAACGCCUGCCGCUGCGCCCCCUGCAGGAACAACGGCAUCCCUGCACUCACGGGCACCUCCUGCACCUGUGUCUGCAAGGCCGGCUACAGAGGGCUAGCCUGUGAGGAAACCAGCAGACAACAAGGUCCUGCUGAUGGCUCAUGGAGCUGCUGGGGCAGCUGGUCCUCCUGUCAGUCAGGAAGGAAGAGUCGAACACGCACCUGCAGUAACCCCCAGCCAGCAGCAGGGGGAGCACCAUGUCUCGGGAGCCCCACACAAACCAGAGCCUGCUGAGGAUGAAGCAAACCACAGGAGCAAAAACCCAAGCAUACCGACCUUGGACCAGUUCACACAGAGAUAUUUGGACAUGUUUAACCAAUCUCCAUCAUUUCCUUCAGACAAAUAAAGCAUGUAUUUUCUUCUACUAUAAUACUACUAGACUCUCUAAAGAUCUAAAGUCACUCCGGAUGAAAGACUUCCAGGAGUCAAAAGUAAAAAGUGAAAGUACAACACUAGAACAUAUCACAUAGCUGAUACACCAGUUAGCCUAUUCCUUUUUAUUUAGAGAGACUUUUUUUUGGUCUUUUACGACUUUAUUGACAGGACAGUUUGAGAGGCGGACAGGAAGCGAAUGGGGAGAGAGAUGGGAAGGGUUGGCAAAUGACCUGGGCCGGGAAUCGAACCUGGGUCGGUCGCAUAGCAGACGAGUGCCCUACCGGUUGGCCACGUAGGGCCUAGUUAGGCUAUUCCAUUAGGUUGAUAGAGUUUAUUUUUAAUGAAAAACCCUAAAAACCAUACAGGAAAACCCACAUAUUUGAUCCAACCAGCAGAAUCAGAUACAGUAGUCUACAGAAAACUAACUAGCCUACUAUAGGCAGUGAAGUUACUUGUAUUGGAAGGAAACUGUGACAGGUUGGUUCUUUUUACUUCUACUUUUCCUUUUGACACAUCUGAAGACUUCCAAUGCACUGUUGUUGUCAUAACUCUCAGCACAAAAGGACAUCAUUUUUGGCAUUUCUGAACUCUCCUUCUGUUGUGUUAUGCUUGUGUUGUGUUGCUGUUGUAAGAGUGCCACCUGGUGGCAAUACCACACUGUGAGGACUGCAGCUCAGGUCCCGAUGCAAGAAGCCAGUCACAGGUAGCCUGGCUCUCGCGAGACCCUAGUGCUUCGUGCAUCUUCGUUACACUUCGUGAAUCCAUCUGCGAGAGCCAGGUUAAGUCACAGGCACCCAUACCAGGAAAAUGAAGUUGCAAUAGCCAGAUAGCAAAAAAUCUACUAGAUCUCCCUGAACCAUUCUGCUGUCCGUUUAGGCCUUUAUUUAUACACGAAAAAUGUUUUUUGUUUUUUUUUGUGAUUAAAACCACAGAAAAUUUAAAUUAAUAAAUAGUUUAGAGUUUAAUUUUAAAGGGACACUGUGUGGGAUAAUUAGUUGUUUAUUUCCAGAAUCCAUGCUACCCAUUCUCUAAUGUUACCUUUUUCAUGAAUAUUAACCAAACCAUCAAAUUCGAAGUGUUCAUUAUGAGUGGAAAAAUUGCACUUUUCAUACAUACAAUUGGAUCUUCUCCAUGGUCCGCCAUUUUGAAUUUCCAGAAAUAGCCAUUUUUAGCUGUAAAACUGACUGUACUUGGGCCAUACUAGAAAAUAUUAGUUUAUUUCUUAGUAAACUUUCAUGAAAAGAUCAAAUUUGGCAAUAGGCAACCCAGUUUCAAUGAGCAGCAGUUGCAGUACCCUUUUUGACCAUUUCCUGCACAGUGUCCCUUUACGCAACUGGAGUAUUUCGGAGCUUGUAAAUGUUUCAGUACUUUACUAAUAGACUUUGUCAGUUAUAAAUGAUGUAAUCAUAUGCAAAGGCCUAUGCUAUUUAUCACAGGAGACUGAACCUAAAGCCAACUUGAAAGGGCUCCAAAUGUCACAUGUCAAGGUGUGAAUUGAGUGUUGUUGAGGUGGUCACACAUUCCAGAGUCCAGGGUAUGAAACUACUAUGUUCAGUCUGACCAAAUCAAGUAAUUUAAGCUGCCUUCUGAAUAUGUAAUAACUUGUUAAUAAGCCCUAUACUUUAGGAUGUUGUCAGUCCAAUGAGAGUAAUUUUCCAAGUCUGUAGUCUGUUGAAAAUGUUUCCAGUAGAUGGCAGUGAAACACCAAUGCACAUGUCAAUAUUAGACAACCAACUGCAUACCUGGGUGCCAUGCUUGAAGUCUUGGACUCGGCAUGUAUUUUAUGUGCCGUUUUUUUAUGUGAGGAAUACAAACGUGUACAUGUACGAAAAAAUAUAAAAUGUAAAAACGAAUCUGAUA